AAGUUCAUCUGCCAGGUUAAACGGAAGGAUAUCUGAUAAUAGGAUCUGGAAAUCCUAGCACUAACCUCUCUCGGUCAAUAAACCCCUGAUCGUCGGUCACCAGGCAACCGUUGUUUAAGAACACCCUACGAACAAGCCAAGCCUCUUCGUGCCAGGCAAUCGGAGACACUGCAGGACUUCUUCGCACCCCGCAUCCCUUGUGCUUCUCUUUGAUUCUCUAUACCGUCGAGAAUUUCCGUUAUUGUACACCUACAACUUGUGGUAUAUUCGAAGUUCACGUUCCAGGGCGUCUCCUGUUUAGGUGGCUGUGGGAAGGCAAGCAACGGUCAGGACACAAUGGGUUUGGUAUACAACGUCUACCUUACUGCCAGCAAGAUCUUUGGGUGCAAGAAAUGUAAAACCCAUCUCGCGGAUUAUGACGAUAUUAUUAGCCGGAAUUUCCGGGGCCAGCAUGGGAAAGCCUAUCUAUUCAAUAACGUCGUCAACAUCACCCAGUCCGAAGCGGUGGAGCGUAGCAUGACCACCGGGAGGCAUAUCGUCCGUGACAUUCACUGCAGGCAGUGCAAAGAGACGGUGGGCUGGAAGUAUGACAAGGCCUACGAGACAAGCGAGAAAUACAAAGAGGGCAAAUUUAUUUUGGAAGAAGAACUACUCUGCGUGGUGUGCUAGAUGCCUUCAUGCGUGCCGUGGUGUCUUCUCUACAGCGAUAUCAACGUGGCGUGCUGGCUUCACACGCGUAUUCCCUGGGCGAGGGUCUACAGGCUAUACCUGCGAAGGGCUGGGUCUUAUAGUGAGCGUUUUCU